GUCGGGGCCGCCCCGGCUGCGCUUCGCCCCGGCGGCAGCAGCGGCGGCGGCGGCAGUGGCGCCCGUGGCUCAGGAUGCGGCCGGGGGGCGCGCCGCUCGCUCUGCUCGCCAGCCUGCUGCUGCUGCUGCUGCUGCGCCUGCUCUGGUGCCCGGCCGACGCUCCUGACAGCUCCAGGCUGUUGAUGGAGGAGAGCAGGGAGGCCACCCACGGCACCUUCGCGGCGCUGCGCACCCUCAGUAACCGGGCAAUCCCCGUGCCGAGCACGACCAACAGCACAGAUCUGAAAGAGGAGUCCCUGCAGCUGUCAGAGAAAUGCACAAAGCUGCACUAUGGCUUUAAGGCUUUACCGAACCAAACCAAAGGGUAUUCAGAGGAUGACUACCUCCGGAUUAUCACAAAUAUACAAAGCUGCCCAUGGAAGAGACAAGCAGAAGAAUAUGAGAAUUUUAGAGCAAAACUUGCUUCCUGUUGUGAUGCCAUUCAAAACUUUGUUGUUUCUCAGAAUAACACUCCAGUUGGGACUAACAUGACUUAUGAAGUGGAAAGUAAAAAGGAAAUCCCCAUUAGACAGAACAUUUUCCAUAUGUUUCCAGAGUCCCAGCCUUUUGUGGAGUACCCUUACAAUCAGUGUGCCGUGGUUGGAAAUGGGGGCAUUCUGAACAGGUCUCACUGCGGAGCUGAAAUUGAUAAGUCCGACUUUGUUUUUAGGUGUAACCUCCCUCCAACCACAGGAAAUGUUAGUAAAGAUGUCGGCAGUAAAACAAAUCUUGUGACUGUGAAUCCCAGUAUCAUAACGCUAAAAUAUGGGAACUUAAAGGAAAAAAAAGCAGUAUUUCUGGAAGACAUUGCAACCUAUGGAGAUGCAUUCCUCCUUCUGCCUGCAUUUUCCUUCAGGGCCAACACUGGCACCUCUUUUAAAGUGUAUUUCACACUCAAAGAGUCUAAGGCAAGACAGAAGGUUCUGUUUUUCCAUCCCAAGUACCUGAAGCACCUUGCUCUUUUCUGGAGAACUAAAGGUGUGACUGCGUACCGCCUGUCCACUGGCUUGAUGAUCACCAGCGUGGCGGUGGAGCUGUGUGAGAACGUGAAGCUGUAUGGAUUCUGGCCCUUCUCCAGAACCGUGGAAGACACGCCUGUCAGCCACCACUACUAUGACAACAAGUUGCCCAAACGUGGUUUCCAUCAGAUGCCCAAAGAAUACAGCCAGAUCCUCCAACUUCACGUGAAAGGAAUCCUCAAACUGCAAUUUAGCAAAUGUGAAGUAGCCUAAACGAAGCGUCUUAAAUGACGAUAAUUUUAGUGUAAGUCUGUGAGUAAUGUUUCCAAACACUAAUGUGAGUGGCUACAGGAACAGCCCUGAAACUUGGCUUGACGAAAAGCAACCCCCACAAAUCAUUCACUCAUUUCCAUCUUCUGUUUCCUUCCUUGUACGGUGGGGACCUUAGUAUCUGACUCAUGUAAGUAGUUUAUGAAAACUCUUGACAAAGCGUUUGGAAUAGUUCUUUGAUAAUAUUUCUGACAGCCAUUUCCACCCUCACCAGACAUGAAAGGCACGCUGGCUUGGAGAACCCUUCUGAAGAGAGCAGCUGAAUUGCCAGUGUUCAUUGAAUGUCUUUCUCUAACAGGCUUCUCUUAAAACAGUAUUCUUCCCUUUUUCUUUCUGUCUUUUUUUUUUUUUUUAACAGGCAGAGUGGACAGUAAGAGAGACAGAGAGAAAGGUCUUCCUUUGCUGUUGGUUCACUCUCCAAUGGCUGCCGCAGCUGGCGUGCUGCGGCCGGCGCACCGCGCUGAUCCGAAGGCAGGAGCCAGGUGCUUCUCCUGGUCUCCCAUGGGGUGCAGGGCCCAAGCACUUGGGCCAUCCUCCACUGUGCUCCCGGGCCACAGCAGAGAGCUGGCCUGGAAGAAGGGCAACCGGGACAGAAUCCGGCGCCCCGACCAGGACUAGAACCCCGUGUGCUGGUGCUGCAAGGCGGAGGAUUAGCCUAUUGAGCUGCGGCACCAGCCUUGAGUACAUACAAGAAAAUUGUGUAGGGGGCCUGUACUGUGGCAUAGGGGGCUAAGCCUCCACCUGUGGCACUGGCAUCUCAUAUAGAUGCCAAUUCUAGUCCUGGCUGCUCCUCUUCCAAUCCAGCUCUUGGCUUUGGCCUAGGAGAGCAAUGGAAGAUGGCCCAAGCUCUUGAGCCCCCACACCUGCGUGGAAGACCCAGAAGAAGCUCCUGGCUCCUGGCUUCGGAUCAGCCCAGCUCCAGCCAUUGUGGCCAUUUGGGGAGUGAACCAGUAGAUAGAAUACCUCUCUCCCUCCCUCCCUCCCUCCUUCCUACUGUCUAUAACUCUACCUCUCAAAUAAAUAAAUAAAAUAAAAAGAAAAUUAUGUGGUUAAACAAGAAAUCAUUGAUUAUUGAGGAAAGAAAUUCUUCUCUCUUUUUUAGAGAUUUAUUUUUAUUUAUUUGAAAGAGUCACAGAGAGAGGUAGAUACAAAGAGAGAGGUCUUCCCUUUGCUUGUUCACUCUCCAAAUGGCUGCAAUGGCCAGAGCUGAGCUGAUCUGAAGCUAGGAGCCAGGAGCUUCUUCCAGGGCUCCCAUUGGGUGCAGGAGCCCAAGGACUUAGGCCAUCUUCUGCUGCUUUUUCAGGCACAUUAGUAGGGAGCUGUAUUGGAAGUGGAGCAGCUGGAACAAGAACCAGUGCCCAUGUGGGAUGCUGGUGCUGCAGACCAGGGCUUUAACCUGCUGUGCCACAGCACCGGCCCCAAAAUAAUUCUCUUUGCGUGGCAAUGUGCCUGUUUCUGAUUCCAUUCACUUAUGAUACUAGCAGCAGUGAUGUGUUGGUUAGAAUUAGGCAACUUUUCCCUUUUUACUUCAUUUUUAACAUCAUUCUUUAUAAUUUUGUGUUAACUUUCUGCCUCACUCUUGGGCACCUUUCUAUCCCACUAACAGGAUCAAUUUCAAGGAUAUGAUCAGUCUUUCUUAACUGCUGUCUUGUUUUGGGGGUGACUCAUUCAUUUUAUUUAAAAAGAAAAAAUAAUUGCAUAACUAUUUUCCUGUAGCAGGCCCUGUAGCAGGCUCGGUGAGGGGCAAGGGGGCUGCCUCUGGCAGGAGGAAGCAGAUGUGCGAAUCAUUAACUGCGCUGUGCCAGGGUGAGUGUUAGAGUGACAAAAGUUAUGGGUAAAGCCCUGGAAGCCACAGAGGCAGGAAUAACCAAGUCUAUUUCAGUGGAAUUCUUUUUUCAAUGUAUCUUUUUCACAGAAGUGGUGAUUUCUGAAUUAAGCCUAGAAAAUGAGUAGAGUUUGACCAGAUGAACAGCAUUAAGUAGAGGGCCUGUUACAGGGUGAAGAGCUGUCCCCUUGAUUCUGAUCCACCAGAACAAGGGUGUUUUAAGGCAGGACUUGAUGUGGGCCCCAGCAACUGCCCCCUGAGGGUACAGUGUGGAGGAAGGUGGCUUGGUCCUACAUAGGAAGGCUGUAGGGAUUAAAACACAUAAAAACCUUGCUUCUCACAAGGGAAGAUGUAUGUUUAUGUGACAAAUGAGACUCAUGAUUUAGACUUCUUUAUAAAAUAAAGCCUGAGUAGAUAUUAUUGACAUUUUGAUACCACUCCCUUACAUUCUGAUGAUACCUGUUAAUACAGGUCACCCCUGCAUCUAGUGAAUACGUAUUUAAGUAAGCAAUCACGUUCAUGCUUUGUAACUCAUCUUGGUACCAUUGCAAGAAGACAGGAAAUGGGAGUGCAGCAGGCCAGGUCAUCACGUCUAAACAAUUAUAAUUAGCAUUUCUGAGCUCUGGAGCCAGGUUAUUGUUUUCCUGAAUGCUCAGUUUGGAGAACACUGUGCUGUAAAUUCAUUUUGAUAAGGUACAUUUUUACUUUGAUUAUAGCUGACGUUUGUGAUGUUAUGUUUAGUUCAUAUUUUCAUUCAGUAUUUUAUAACAAAUGACACUAAUUAGCACCAUAAACUGAUCAUAAGUUCAAAUAUAUUUACCAUAAGGAAAAUACCUUUUGUUACAUAAAGUUUAAUUUAUUUACUUUCUUUUUGUGGGAGCUGGUAGGUGGCUUUUUCCUAUUACUCCUAAAGGAUUUACUUAGUUUUACAUAAUCUGUUAGCAUUGGUAAUGUUUCUAACACACUACCAGCAAUGGAUUGUUAAAAAUAGAUAAAUACUGUAGUACUUUAUAGCAAAUAAAAUGUUUCCCUCACAUUGCUCUAUGGAAAGUAGAAAUGUAAACUGUUUCUUUUUAUAAUAUUAGAAAUACAUGAUUGAUGAGUACAAUAAAAUAUGCUGAAGUAAAUAAUUAAAUGUGAAAUGUGGAGACUAUUUUAUAUGUUAUUUUAAUAAAAUUACAUAUGAUUAGUAUAGAUAGACUUUACUUAAGUGUUCCCCAGAUAACAUCCUAUUUUAACUUAGAAGUUUUCUAUUUUUUUUUAUUUUUUUUAUUUAUUUUUUUUUUUUUUUUAAUUUUUAUUUUUGAUAGGCAGAGUGGACAGUGAGAGAGAGAGACAGAGAGAAAGGUCUUCCUUUGCCGUUGGUUCACCCUCCAAUGGCCGCCGCUGCAGCCGGCGCACUGCGCUGAUCCGAUGGCAGGAGCCAGGAUCCAGGUGCUUUUCCUGGUCUCCCAUGGGGUGCAGGGCCCAAGCACCUGGGCCAUCCUCCACUGCACUCCCUGGCCAUAGCAGAGAGCUGGCCUGGAAGAGGGGCAACCGGGACAGAAUCCGGCACCCCGACCGGGACUAGAACCCGGUGUGCCGGUGCCGCAAGGUGGAGGAUUAGCCUAUUGAGCCACGGCGCCGGCCAACUUAGAAGUUUUCUAUAGAAUAUCAAAACAGGAUCUCUGGUGUCACUGAUGGGGAUUCUAGAAACAUUCAGAAUUGUAGGAGACCAAGUACCAUGAUGACAGCCAGAUCCCAGGAAAGAUUCAGCAGAAAAAAUUCAGAGUUUUUAUGGAAGAAAUUAUGGACAUUUCCACAUUAACAGGUCUGAAGUUUAGCUCUUAUUUAAUGUCUGUGUUGCCGUCUUAAAAGCACAUUGGAAAAAUUUAUCACAGUCCUACCUACAUCACAGUAGGCAAAAGUCUUUGGUCAAGGAGAGAUUUCUUGAGAGUGUCACAGGCAGAUUUAGCAAUGGUAAGCUACAAAUCUUACAAGGUGGUAUGAAUAGUUUCUCUUUUUGUCCUGAUCUUGGUGAAAAUUUUUGAAUAAUUCAGACAUUACAGAACAAAUAGAACUGUGACUUAUGUUUUACAGUUUACAUAGUUUAUAUGCUAUAUUAUAAAAAUUCAU